GGCUAGGCACGUGCGAGGGGCAACGACGUCAGGAAUGCGCGUAAAGUUGCCACGUGUGAGUCGCCGUCUCAAUAGUACAUGUCAAAUCUCGUUCUAACUCAUUUCCUUGGAUCAUUCGUCUUCUCUCUGAAAGCAAAAGCAAACUCAAACUCAAACUCAAACUCAAAACUCGCUCGAGUCGACUCGCAUCGCAGCGCCAAGGCUAAUCUCUCGUUUUCUAACCCUAGGGUUUUGAUCGCAAGCUGCGGAAGCCGGUAAAGUAGAAGAAGCAUUUCACAGCCUCCGAAUGGUGCAGUUGAUGAAAAACGGCAAACCGGAAUCGCCGGCCGGAAAGGCGGCCCCCGCCGCCGUGAAGAUGGAGCUGGAGGAUCCUCUGUACGAGGAACACGGUCCGCUUCAGAAGAGGCCCAAGCAGCAGAGUUUUGGAAUGGGAGGUUUUACAGCGCCAGCUUCCGGUUAUAACCCUCUGGAUGAGCCUAGUCCGUUGGGUUUGCGAUUGAGGAAAAGCCCGUCGCUUUUAGAUUUAAUCCAAAUGAAACUUUCCCAAUCAAGCACUCCAAAAGACGGAAGUAAAAAACACGGUAAAUCGCAGUCGAUUGCUUGUGCUUCUCCUGCUGAUAAGCUGAAAGCCUCCAAUUUUCCUGCUUCAGUUCUUAGAAUUGGGACCUGGGAGUACAAAUCGAGACAUGAAGGAGACUUGGUGGCUAAAUGUUAUUUUGCAAAGCAUAAGUUGGUCUGGGAAGUUCUUGAUGGUGGUCUUAAGAAUAAAAUUGAGAUUCUGUGGUCUGAUAUUAUGGCUCUGAAGGCAAAUUACCCAGAUGAUGGUCCCGGGACACUAGAUAUUGUGCUUGCUCGGCAACCUCUGUUCUUUAGGGAGACUAAUCCACAACCUCGGAAGCACACCCUCUGGCAGGCAACUUCAGAUUUUACUGAUGGACAAGCUAGUUUGCACAAGCGGCAUUAUCUGGAAUGCCCACAGGGCAUGUUAGGAAAGCAUUUUGAAAGACUUGCUCAAUGUGAUCCACGCUUGCUUUUCCUUAGUCAACAAGGCGAGAUAACAUUAGAUUCUCCAUAUUUUGAACCCAGAAUCGCUGUGUUUGAUGAUCAAAAUGAAGAUCUGAAUAGGGAGGGAAGUCCUUCCAUUUUUAGCAUAAAUGAUGGGACUUCUCAAUCAGGGGCUCAAUCUUCUUCCUCAAAGAAUGAUCAAGAUAGUCUGAGUCGAUAUUCAGAAUCCCACCGUCAUGAAACACCAUCACCAUGCUCAGGUAGGAACCCGUUGACGGUUGAAGAAAUCAAAGGCUGCGAAAUCGAGCAACUGAACGCACUUAGCGGGUGGGGUAUGAUUAAGGUACCUGGACUAAGCUCCUCUAUGUCUGUAUCUGACUUAGUCAGCCACCUCGAAAAUCGAAUAUCAAAGCACGGAUCGUCCGAUAAUAAGACACCGCUCUCCACUGAAGAAUGGCAGAGCUUCCAAGUUUUAGAAGACAUUAACCGCUGCUUAUUCAGCGAUAUCCAAAACAUGCCAGGCUCGGACGAGAAACUGCUCAUGUCUAGGGUCAAUUCCCUUUGCUGCCUUUUGCAGAAAGACUCUAAAAACGACAGCUUUGCAAAUGCAUCUCUUCUUCAAAAUGGAGCAAAUGAAUCGAACAAUGCUGGUGCUUCGACUAGUGGAGAUAAGUUCGAAGAUAUCUACGGCUACGAUCAAUCGACAUCAUCUAUGGCUAGGAAUGACUCGGUGGGAGAUUUGCUGCUCAACCUUCCCAGGAUAGCUUCUCUACCUCAGUUCUUGUUCAAUAUUUCGGAAGACUUUGGAAACCAAGCUAGAUAAACGAAUAAAUAACCACUUCUCAACAACCUAGUAUUUUAAAUUAAAGAUUUGUUAUUUCUUCGAGUAUUGUAAUAUUGUUAUUAGCUCACCCGCCUAUAGAAAUUAGCCUUUAAGAAAGGCGACUACAUUUUAGCCUUGUGUAGUUCAUUUCGUCACACACGGGUGCCUACGGAUCCAAGUACUGGUUUCGAAUUCCGAUCGACGCAUCAAGUCUGUACAAGUAUGAAGAAGCUUUCAGCUAGAGUGGCCGUUUAUAAGUAGUAAAAAGUGUCUUUUUGUGUACAAAGUGUAUUUAGAGUGUAUAUAUGUUGUUUGUUUGUGGUUUUACUUGUUAUAGAUCUUCUUGUUAACAGAUGACAUCGAGUGGUUCGACAUUCUGGGUGUCGUAAUUAUUUCGUGUUCAUGUGGUAAUUAAGAGAACUCUCAAGGGCCCUUGUGUAAAUGAAUGUUUUAUCGCUCUCUUCGAUCGGUUUCGUAUUUUAUUCAUAUUCCUCCGUUUCGA